UACAACCACCUGCUCCUCCUCCAUCUGAUUUAACUGCCUCUCAACAGAAAGAAAUUACUGCGCUGAGCUAUAUCCAAAUAGUGUCCAACUGCUAUUCCGCCUAUGAACUUGGAUGAGUGACUAGAGACAGGAUGGCCAACUCAACAUUGGAAAUAGUGGGACUUUUAUUGUCCUUGAUUGGUCUGAUUGGAGCAGCUGCAAGCACCGGAAUGCCAAUGUGGCGGGUCACAGCCUUCAUUGGGGAGAAUAUCAUCGUGUUUGAGACUCGCUACGAGGGUUUGUGGAUGAACUGCUUUCGCCAAGCUAACAUACGGAUGCAGUGUAAAGUCUACGACUCUCUGCUGGCCCUUCCCCAAGACCUGCAAGCUGCAAGAGGGUUAAUGUGCUGCUCUCUGGCUCUGGCUGCCAUUGGUCUGCUGAUCAGUUUGGUCGGGAUGCAGUGCACAGCGUGCAUCAGGAACAACGAUCGAGCCAAAAGACUGGUCCUCAUCAUUGCAGGAAGCAUGAUUUUAAUGGCUUGCAUUUGCGACCUUAUUCCUGUGUCCUGGACAGGCCACGUCAUCAUUCAGGACUUCUACAACCCGCUGCUGAUCGAUGCCCAGCGCAGGGAGCUCGGAGAAGCUCUCUAUAUUGGUUGGGUGGCAGCUGCUUUUUUGUUUGCUGGAGGGUGCAUUUUUAUCUGUUGCAAUAUACAGUCUGAAGACGAAAAACCAGAGAAGUACAUGUACUCAAAAACCUCAGGGUACAGGGCCUACACGCCACAGCCACCACUCCAGCCUCUACAGCCUCAGCAGCUGGUGUUUAUCCCUCGAUCCGAACCUCACUCAAUGCUGUCAAGACAUCCGUCAACCGUCUACAGUUACGAAUCUAGAUACCCCUCUGUGCACAGUGGAGUUGCUUAUCUGUGAACCCUUAAAAUAUUUUUUCCCUGGCAUGGUGGUACAAGGUAAAAACACUUAAUUUAAAUUCUUAAUUAGAGGUAAAAUAUCAGUACAUUUUAUGUAUUCAUUUAACUGUACUUAUAUUUUUUUGUAAAAAAAAAACAGUUGAGAAUAAGUUAGAAGCUGGCAAGAGAUAACCACUCAUGUUUAUGUAUAUUUAAUUGUUUGUGUAAGUGAAACUUUAUACUUGUAUUGUCAAAAUGGGGCGAAAUAUUGAAAAUCUGUAUGUUGUGUAUAUCUAUUAUGCAAUCUUCAACCAUUUGGCAAUGUAACAGAGGUGUAUGUGUGUUCACUGGUGAAAUGUAUUUUAUUGCUGGCGUGUGAUCCAUGUAGUUUAAGUGACAAAAAAAACAAACAUUUUAAAUUGUGUUUUAUGAGCCAAAACUUUGCCAGAAUUACAAACCUCAAUAAGGCCUUUGUUUUCCCCAAACUUCCGGUACUAGUUUCACCCAGUGUUAUUUACAAAUUCAAACAAUGGCAGAUGUGCCAUAAUGACUUAGAAAAUACAAGUUAAAACAGUGACUGACUGUGACUGACUAAUAGCUAUGUAAAAAAAAUUAAUUCAAGUCUAUUUAAUCUGAAUAUUGACUAAAGAUAGGCAUUCUGUAAUGCUUUCCUGGGAGCUACUGAAAAGGAAGUGUGUUCUGAGAUUCUCAGAACACACUUCUCACUAUGGGUGUGGACGCAAAGGUAACUCAACCAAGCCAAGUAAACAAAGGGAUCAUGUGACCAGAAUAUGCAAGUCACUUUGAAUUUAGACUAACACAUUCCUAUUAUUUUGUUCAUUGAGCUUCAAGUUUAGGAAUAUAUUUUUUUCUGCAAAGUGUAUAAAUUAUCAAGUUAAGCUUAAAAGUCACAGCAUUUCAAUUCCUAGAAGAAGCACAACUUCUUUCUGCGAACUUAAAUACAAUGAAAUGUUGAUACUUGCAUAUGUGUUCUGCUAUUUCAAACAAAUACAAUUUCAAAUGUAAUUGUAUAUCACUGGUCUUAAUAUGUCAGAAAAUACAUGUUUUUCCAUAUAAUGUGAACCUCUUAUUUCAUCAACUCAAAGCUCAACUCUGCUCUCCGGUGGACAAAGCAGAAAGCUGUCACAGUUGUUCAUUUUACAGUAUACUGAUUUUUGUUUGUUUUAUGACAUUUAUCACAUUUAAAUAAAAA